AUGCAAGAAUUCUUGGGACCAAAGAAUAGAAGAGGUGAAUACUAUUUGAACAAGUACUACUAUGUGCCUCAACGAAACAGGCCAAACUAUAUAGUGCCUGACGGUAGCCCAGUUGUCGGCGGGAAAAGCAUCCCGGAUAUAGUUCCAAGACCAGACAGAUUUGGUGGUGGUAGCGGCGGUAAUGGUGAAGCAAGGGAUCCUUCGUUGCACCCUUUCCCACACAACACUUACACCAAGACCAACUAUUUGAUCCCGCAGGAUUUGAAAGACCAAAUCGUCGAUGCUGUUGCUACCAAAGGGUACCAUCCGCAAGAAGUUGCUCACAAGUAUGGUAUAAAUUUGCAACGUGUUGAAGCGAUAUUGAAAUUGAGUUCAAUUGAGAAAACGUUCCAAGUCAAGGUAUGUACCAUCAUUUAAUCUUCCAAAAUUGCUUUACUCCCCCAAAAAAAAACAAGUUUGAGAUCAAUUUUUUCAUUUUUUUUUUUUUCAAUGAUGAAAUUGCAUUUAUAUUUACAUAUUCGAUUAGUCUUUAAGACAAAAAACUACAUGGUUUCAAAUUCAAGCGCUGAUAUAUAAAAGAAAGAAGAAGGAAAAAACUGUGACCAAAUGAGAGGGUAAGCCAUUGGCAAGAGUCUUACUUUACUAACAUGAUGGAUUUUUUUUUUCUAGGAUAAAUUCAAGAAUGAUUUACAGUCCUAUGCCAAAGUAAUGAAGCGGAUAUUUCCCUUGUUCCAAGGUGGAUCAACGGCUGACAAUUUAACUGAAAUCCCCACUCCACACAAGACAUUGACCGACCGGUUCCUUACCAUUGAAGAAAACGAACCGUUUGGUCCCGUUGACGCAGCCAAGAUCUUGCACUUAGAACCAGCUAGCCAGACGUUGAAGAACUUGACCGAGUUCAAUUUGGAAGAUGCCCAAAAGCAACAGCAGGUUAUCGAAAGCAAGAAGGUCGAUGUUGUAUAUGGCAAGAGAAGAGAAAAUGAAAAUAAGUUGUUUAGAUUCACCAAGAAGAAUGUCGGAGACUUUGGUCAUCGUUACGGUGCUUCAAGAAGAGAUAGAAAAGUCGAUAGAGCUAUAGGAUUCGAUGCUUCUGGUAAGAUGAUUUACUUACAUCCUGACCAGUAA